CUCGUUCUGCGGCUCGAGCUUACGGACCGCUCGGAUCGAGUUUUACUCGCUGACAUCUCGGGCUUUAGCUUCAGUCGCCUUCAAUCUUCCAGCGCGCGAGCUUCGGGCUUCGUAGCUAACAAUAGCCGGCACUUCGGAUCGAACAUCCAUAUAGCUAAACGCGCUUCUCGACCAACUUAAUCCCGGCUUGCGACGAUCGGUUGACGCAAUCGGCAGAAUGCAGUGGCUUACAUCGAUUUCGGUGGGGCUGCUCGCCUCGUUCUUAUCAAUAGCAAUGUGCGUGGCUGUGGAGCCCUUCGAUGAUGGCAAAUUGCGGGUUUGUGUGGUGGAAUCGCGGGGCAAUUAUCGGAAAACCCCCAAGUUCUGUCCGAUUUUGGAGGCGAAGAGCAACAUCGAGUGCGUCAUCGGCGUGGAUCGUUUGGAUUGCGUGAGGCGGAUCCACAAGGGCACUGCCCACUUCGGAGUGCUCACCUCGGAGGAUCUGGUGGCCGCCCGAUGGGCCAGCGUGGAGAUCCUGGUGGCCAGCGAGCUGCGCUCCCACGAGUCAAACUUCGAGUACGAAAUCGUGGCUGUGGUGGACAACAGGGCCGACAUUCACACAGUCCACGAUCUGCGAGGCGCCAAGCUGUGUCAUCCUGGCUACGGUUUGGGCAAUCACUGGACCGAGGUCCUGGCCAACUACUUUGAGGCGACCAUGGUUUCCAAGAGCUGCGAUCCGGAACUCACAAUCACGGAGGAUCGCAUUGCAUCUUCGGCGAAGUACUUCGGCCCCAGUUGCAAGGCGGGUCCCUGGGUUCCUGAUCCCAGCCAGGAUCGCAUCCUGAAGAGACGCUAUCCCUCGCUGUGCGAGAUGUGCUAUGAUUCAAUCAGAUGUGAUCAGAAUGACAAGCACUGGGGGCGACGUGGAGCUCUCUAUUGUCUCACCAGUGGAGGUGGCAACGUGGCCUGGGCUCGGCUGGACGAUGUGCAGAGUCAUUUCGGAUUAUCCGGCAUUGCGGCUCAGGCAAACCCCUCGGAGUACAGCUACCUCUGUCCGGACGGCCAUCAGCAGCCCAUCAAUGCCACUCGACCUUGUGUGUGGGUGGCCAAACCCUGGCCCGUGGUGGCCGCCCGUCGCACUCAUGCCGCCCAAGUGCAGCGCCUGGUCACUGGACUAAGCCAUGACGAGCCCGACAGUUGGCAGAAUGCCCUGCAGAGUCUUCUGGAGACGUACCACGAGUUCACUGUGCCACUGGACAAUGUGAUUGCCAUCGAUGAUUAUCUCGACCAGGCCACCGCCUUCCAGUCGGCCUACAGCUUCCCCGAGUGCAAUCCGCCACGAUCGAUUGUCUUUUGCACCACUUCGAUUAUCCAGCACAUCAAGUGCUCCUGGCUGCAGGAGGCCUCCCAGGUUUACGGCGUCCAACCAAACAUCCAGUGUGUGCGCACCACGGAGGUGCAACAGUGCCUGGACGACACGAAGUUCAAGGCCGCCGAUGUGGUGAUGGUGGAUCAGGAGAUGCGGGUGAAGGCUCAGAGGGACUACAAUCUGGUGCCGCUGCUGUACGAGUUCGCCACGGAUAUGCACGACCGGUAUGUGACCAUUGCCCUGGUGCACAAGGACGCCAAGUUCCAGAGCUUCCAGGACUUGCGGGGAGCCAGAGCGUGCUUGCCCUCGUUCGAGGGAGCUGCCCAUUUGUCCGUGCAGGAGACGAUAGUGAAUGCCACGGGCAAGGUGCACCCACUGCACUCCUUCUUCCAUCGCGACUCCUGUCUGUGGAACCCGCAGAAGGGCAGGAAGUGCCCGCUCCAUUAUCAGGGCGACGAGGGUGCCCUGCGUUGUCUCUCCGAAGGAGCGGAUGUGGCCUUCCUCAGCUCGGACGUGUACAAGAAGUACUCGGUCGGGAAUCUCACCUCGGAAUGGUUGAAGCCCGGCAAUCACAAGGACUUCCGUGUGCUCUGUCCAUAUGGAGGCAUCGAGAGGCGCUCCAACUUCGAGUACUGCUACCUCCACUGGACCACCCGUGGCCACCUGAUGACCCACAAUUCCUCGCUGACGCGUCACCAUGAAAUCUACAAUUCCCUGCGCGACAUGGAUCAAUUAUUUGGCAGGAAGUACAAGAGUGAGACGCGUCCCUUCACGCUCUUCGGUAUUUUCGACAAGAGGAACAAUGUGCUAUUCCGGGACGCUACCGAUGGUCUUCUGGGACUACAGGAGCUGCACCGAGACAAUGCCAAACGCGUGAUGGAGCACAUCUACGAUCGCUAUACCAACACCCAGUACUACAAGAACUUUGACGAAAGUGGAGCUAAAAACUACACUAAAAACUUCUGGAUUUUGAUAACAAGUUUGCUUUUCACGCUGUGGCGGCAAUUCGCCUAGAGCCCAGGCUCAAAUCUAAGCUCUUAAUCUUAUUUAUUGUGAUAUUAAGCUUAAUAUAAGAUAAGAACUAAAAUAGCUUCAAACAGAGCUGUAUCACUGA